AUAAACCGAAGUCCAUAUAAAGGACGAUUUGUAUACCUUACUUCAAGAGUGAAUUCCUUUGUUACCAACUUCUUCAGAGAAAGAGAAAGGACUUCAAGGGUUCUCGAGCCCAGUGACAUGAAGAUUCCACCUCCUGAGAAGGGGGAAGCAAUCCAUCCAGUAUGCACCAUCGUGGUUCAGCAUAUGAAGGCUCAGGAGCAAUGCAGAUUCACACGUCGACAAGAGAACCACACCACAAUGCCUGGCUGCCGAACAGAGUGGGAUGAGGUUCACUGCUGGUACAGAGCUGAAGUUGGCCAAGUGGUUAAUGUCUCUUGCAUUGAAGUUUCCCAGCUCUUUGCCAACAACAACGGUUACAUAUACAGGAACUGCACAGAGAACGGCUGGAGUGAAAUUUACCCAUCAUAUGAGCAUGCUUGUAUAUUACCAAUGGUGGAAGCAACUGAGGACUCGUAUUUUUCUACGUUCAGACAGGUGUACACUGUAGGCUACGCUACCUCUCUCAUCUCCCUCAUAUCAGCCAUCAUCGUCUUUACAGCCUUCAGGAAGUUCCAUUGUACAAGGAACUACAUCCACAUCAACCUGUUUUCCUCCUUCAUCCUGAGAGCUAGUGCAGUCUUUAUUAAAGAUGGAAUCCUCUUCAUCGAUGAAAACCAAGACCACUGUAUCAUGUCUACAGAAUCAUGUAAGGCUGCAGUUGCCUUUUUCCAGUUUUGCAUCUUGGCUAACUACUUCUGGCUCCUGGUGGAGGGCAUGUACUUACAGACCCUGCUGGCUCUCACAUUUGUCUCACAAAAAAAGUAUUUUUGGUGGUACAUCCUUAUUGGCUGGGGUCUUCCAACAACAGUCUUGACUAUUUGGGUUCUUGUCAGGCAUUUCUAUGAUAACAGGGGGUGCUGGGAUGACGCAGAUAUCGCCUUCAUUUGGUGGAUUAUAAAAGGACCGAUUACAAUAUCUCUUCUGGUGAACUUUAUCAUCUUCAUCAAUGUGAUCAGGAUACUUGUGGAGAAGCUGAAGUCUCCUGGAGUUGGAGGCAAUGACACCAGUCACUUUAUGAGGCUGGCUAAGUCCACCCUGUUCCUGAUCCCACUGUUUGGCAUGCAUUACAUGGUGUUUGCCUUCCUGCCAGAGAGCACAGGGGAGGAUGUUCGUCUCGUCAUUGAACUUGGAGUGGGCUCAUUUCAGGGCUUCAUUGUGGCUCUAUUAUACUGUUUUCUCAAUGGCGAGGUACAAGCGGAGCUGAAGAAGAGGCUGUGGAAAUGGCAAAUGCAGGGUUACAUGAGUUACAGUAAGAGGAGGCGAACACUGGUCACAGAGAGCAGUACUGUCACUCAGAUUUCUGUUCUAGAAAAAUACAGCCCUAAGGACCAGCCUUCAGUUGAGCUCAAAAACAGCAUCUCACUGGUCUGAGAACACUGUCUUAUCCUGUUUCUCUUGCUCUCAUAGGAUUGCCCAAUCCCUAUAAUAGUUUAAUAACAAUAUAUAACGCAGUCAUUGAGACCAAGAGUGUUAGUUUUAAAGUUAUAUACCAUUCUUAUAAAAAUAUAAGUACUAAUACAAAAGUAGUAUAAUGUAAUUUGGUGACAUUUACACACAGUAUAAGGGGUCACAUAUAUUAGAUAUUUUUCCACAGUUCUGAUUGUAAGGCAAAUCACAGGUUUAUAUUAAUGCGCUCAUUCUAACAUGUCAUCGUUUCUAUAGUAUAGUAUAGGGACGUGUAUGGUGGACACUCCGCAUAAAUUGAUUAAAAACCACAUGGAAUUGUGUAAUUGACAUUUUGGAAGGGAAGUAUUCAAGGAAGUAACUUGUUUUUGACUUGAGCAGUUUCCCAUAACACUCUGAGGUGCACUGUGUCAGUACACUUUCAGAUGGUUCAACUGUUGUCUGGCUUUGUUCACCUAAGCUUGCAUGUGAUGAGUCCAGUUCAGGUCCUCAGAUAUGUGUACUCCAAGGUGCCUGAAGCUGCUCACUCUCUCCACAGGGGUCCCACCAAAAAAAGUCCUAAAAGUCCUAAGCCAUUCUAGCAAAACUGUUCGUAUCAAUUGCAGUCAAAAGAUAUCUUCAUGGUUUCUGAGUGUAACGUCAUGCCAUCCAUGUGGGGCCAUCCUCAGCAGCAGUGAGUGGUUUUCAUGUGAUGAGAACUCUAACCAGGGUGGAUCAGGCAGGCCCGGAGAGCAGAAGGGGUCAGGAUCACGGAUAUCUCAGGAGUGCCAUGUGUAGCAAGAGAGAGAGAGAGAGA